AGGGGGAAGGGUGAUGAGGGGGAUAGGGUGGGCAAAAGGGUGAUGAUUUUAGCCAUCAUGUUAUGUGGGACAUUGCUAAAAGCAGCCAGAUCUUGAUCUUACUUUGCAGAAAUAUUCAGAUGCCAUAGAACUGAAUGCAUACGAUGCUGAGUUCUAUUUGAAAAGAGCAGCAGCUUUUAUGAAGAUUACAAAUUAUCAAGCUGCUGCAGCGGAUGCCUCCUCAGCAGCCAGUUUAGAGCCUGAAAAUUGUAAGGCACAUACGAGAAAAGGAGUGGCUCUUUUUAACUUGAAGAAUUUUGUAGCAGCAAAAGAGGCAUUUUCAGAUGCAUUAAAACUUGACAGAGAAAACAAAGAAUUACAGAUGUGGAUAGGAAAGUGUGAUGCUGAGCUAGAUUUGGCAACAAAUGAAGCAAAACUUGGAGCAAAUUCAACUGAAACGGUUGUGGUUGGUAUUGCAAGUGGAGAUGAGAGUGCCAAGGCAGCAUGUAAAGCUAAUGGCCAGACCCCAGUUAACGAGGCAGCUGGCAAUGCUGCUGACUCAUCAUCUGUUAACAAUCUGUCUCCCUCUGUUUCUACUGUUGCUGAUCCGUCUAAUCAGGAACAACUUCAGGCUAAACCACUAGCUCCAAAACCACGGUAUGAUUGGUACCAAACAGAAACCCAUGUUAUUGUAACAUUAAUGAUCAAGAAUACAAAAAAAGAGAGUGUCAAUGUGGAAUAUGGUGACAAAACAUUGAGUGCUACAGUGAAGCUUCCAAGUGGUAGUGACUUCAGCUUAGAGCUUGACCUUGCUCAUGAUAUCGUUCCUGUGCAGUGUAAAACAAAACUCAUGUCUACAAAGGUUGAAUUGAAGAUGAAAAAGGCCGAAGAAAUACGAUGGUCAUCUCUGGAAGCAGAUAAUGAAAUUGCAGUUAAACCAUUUCAAACAAAAGGUAGGAACAUUUACCUUGGAUUCAUUAUCCCUGUGUUAAACCCUAGAGAGAAGAGAUCACUGGUGGCUCAUUAUGCUAGCACUCCAGAUCUUGAUCUUACUUUGCAGAAAUAUUCAGAUGCCAUAGAACUGAAUGCAUACGAUGCUGAGUUCUAUUUGAAAAGAGCAGCAGCUUUUAUGAAGAUUACAAAUUAUCAAGCUGCUGCAGCGGAUGCCUCCUCAGCAGCCAGUUUAGAGCCUGAAAAUUGUAAGGCACAUACGAGAAAAGGAGUGGCUCUUUUUAACUUGAAGAAUUUUGUAGCAGCAAAAGAGGCAUUUUCAGAUGCAUUAAAACUUGACAGAGAAAACAAAGAAUUACAGAUGUGGAUAGGAAAGUGUGAUGCUGAGCUAGAUUUGGCAACAAAUGAAGCAAAACUUGGAGCAAAUUCAACUGAAACGGUUGUGGUUGGUAUUGCAAGUGGAGAUGAGAGUGCCAAGGCAGCAUGUAAAGCUAAUGGCCAGACCCCAGUUAACGAGGCAGCUGGCAAUGCUGCUGACUCAUCAUCUGUUAACAAUCUGUCUCCCUCUGUUUCUACUGUUGCUGAUCCGUCUAAUCAGGAACAACUUCAGGCUAAACCACUAGCUCCAAAACCACGGUAUGAUUGGUACCAAACAGAAACCCAUGUUAUUGUAACAUUAAUGAUCAAGAAUACAAAAAAAGAGAGUGUCAAUGUGGAAUAUGGUGACAAAACAUUGAGUGCUACAGUGAAGCUUCCAAGUGGUAGUGACUUCAGCUUAGAGCUUGACCUUGCUCAUGAUAUCGUUCCUGUGCAGUGUAAAACAAAACUCAUGUCUACAAAGGUUGAAUUGAAGAUGAAAAAGGCCGAAGAAAUACGAUGGUCAUCUCUGGAAGCAGAUAAUGAAAUUGCAGUUAAACCAUUUCAAACAAAAGAACAAUCAAAAGCUUCAGAUGAUACUACAACGGUUCAUAAAUAUCCUACAUCUCGACAUGUUGGAAAAGACUGGGACAAAGUUGCGGCACAAAUUGCUAAGGAAGAGAAAGAUGAAAAACUUGAAGGAGAGGCUGCUUUGAAUCAAUUAUUUCAACAAAUUUACGGUGAUGGGAGUGAUGAAGUUCGAAAAGCAAUGAACAAAUCGUUUGUUGAAUCUGGUGGGACAGUCUUGAGUACAAACUGGGAUGAAGUCAAACAAAAGCAUGUUGACUGCAAACCUCCCGAUGGAAUGGAAUGGAAAGAGUGGGGCCAGUAAACUAUUUGGCAAAAACUGAAAACUAUUGCUCAAUUGUAAGGGGUGGCGAAUGGUCCAUCAAAAACCAGGCUUCUCCUAAAUUUACUCAAAUUUCAUGCGUCUUGAAGUAUUCUUUUUUUUUCCAGAGGUCAUGUGCAUCUUGCAGUCUCAAUUUUUUUUGAAGUCUUGAUUUUUUGCAAGACUAUAAAGAAAGUCUUGAGGUCCACUUUUGUAUGUUUCUUUUUAUAAAUGACAUCUGAAUGUCUUAGAAUUUGAACAGCUCAAAAUAUGAACAUCUUGCAAUCGCAUUUAAAACACUUUGAAGUCUCUGUCUCGCAAUUUAAAGUUCUAGUUGCAUGUCUCAGACGAGCAAAGAAAAACGUUAAUCUUGCCUUCUCCCAAAGUCUUGCAUUUACCAUUCACCAUCCCUACUGUACACAUAAAGUCACUGAAGCUCACAGUGCAGUCAAGUAUUUACAUGUAUCUAGAAUGUGAUUUGAGACAAAAAUAAAUUUGCUUUGUUGUAAUGCUAUAGGCCACAACUGUGAUUAAUUUCUAACUUCUCAUAAAAACUUUUUACAACAAAUUCAAAGAUGCAGGUUGUGUGAAAAAAAGAAUUGGUCAUCAUAGACUGAAAGGCAUUGUGACUUACAAGCGUUCUCUCAAAGUGAUAUGGUAAACUUUUGCAAAGAGAGUCCAGGAUAGCGACGAUAUUACAACUCCAACACGGUCCCACAAGAGCAAAAAUAAGACUGGUACUCACUACACAUGCCUAUUGUUUGGCGUUACAAUGCUUAAAAUUUAAAAAAAAAAUAUGGCGAGACUAAGACUUUCAUAAUUUAAGAGUUUAUUUUUGGUAAAUGAGGCACUGCAAAAGCAAAGUAAGUUUAAUAAUCUGCUCAUACUUUAAUAGUCAGUUUUAGGCUGUAAAAGAGCUUUAAACCAGUUACUGCAUUUUGUAGUUGAAACAAUGCUGAACUGUCAAUAUGGAGUUAAAGUGUUUUAAGAAGGCAGCACUUGUUAAUAAAUUAUUGAAGAUACAGUU